AUGGCUAAUGACGCAGCUCUAAGGACCUUGCUGGUGUGGUUGGCUGCUGUUAUGGUGGUAGUAGGGAUAUGGACACUGUCUUUCAAGAAAGUGAUUGUAACUUAUGUAGUGGGUGUGCUCGGGAUUGCUGGUGUGAUUUUACCUGAUUGGGAUUAUUUUGAUAGAGAUUACUCCAGGUGGUUUUCCCCUGUUAGUGAACAAGAUAAGCUGGCUCUUGCUCAAAGAUCUGGCUUCAGGAAUAGGAUAUUUCCUCUCAGAUUAGUUGGUUACACCACUAUCUAUAGUUAUGCUUUGUACAAGUGGUGGAUGUUCAUAUCCAAGUGA